GUGUAAUGUAGUAUUUGAAUGCCCUCCCCCUCCUUCUUGGUAUUGGAGUUCUCUUUACUUGUCUCGCUCCUUUACUUUUUCUUUUCUCUCCUCACGUCAAGUCUCUAGACAAAAAGACACCAGGUUCUUUGGUUUAGUCUCAAACACCGACAGAGACGACAGACAAACCAACACACCCACCAUGGCCGACACCAAAGACACGUCGGUCCCUGCCAAGCGGGAGUCGGUUGACCAUGUCGACUAUACCGGACCUACCAUGACCGCCGACCGCGAGCUCAUCGAGGCGGCGGUCAAGGUGAGCGAGGAAGAAGCAAAGCUGCCGCGCAAGGAACUCUUCUCGAGGUACUGGCCCGCCGCCAUGUACAGCAUGAUCCUGAGCGCGGCCCUGAUCAUGGAGGGCAUGGACGUUGGCCUGGUCAACAACUUCUUCGGUCAGGAUGCCUACAGGAAGAGGUUUGGCUGGCCCGACGCAAGCGGCCAAUACCAAAUCUCGGCUUCGUGGCAGGCUGCCAUCGGCAACGGCAACAACCUUGGAAGCAUCAUCGGUCUGUUGUUGAACGGAUACCUGCAGUCCCGUUUUGGUUCGCGCAGGGUGUAUAUGGGAGCCAUGGCUCUGAUGGCCGGCACCAUUUUCGUCCUCUUCUUUGCCACUAGCGUUCAGAUGUUGUUUGUCGGCAACAUCUUUUGCGGUAUUCCCUGGGGUAUUUUCCAAACACUUGCUACCGCCUACGCCGCCGAGAUCUGCCCUCCCGCCAUGCGUGGCUACCUGACUGCCUGGACCUCCAUGUGCUGGGGCUGCGGCUCCUUCCUGGCUGCCGGUGUCCUCAGAGGCGCCCUGCAACUCCCUGGCGACUGGGCCUGGAAGAUCCCCUACGCCCUGCAGUGGGUGUGGAUCCCUCCCUUGUUCAUCGCGGCCUUCCUCGCCCCCGAGAACCCUUGGUACCUCGUCCGCCGCGGCAGGAUCGAAGAGGCCGAAAAGUCCCUGCACCGCCUCGCGCGCAAGGGCCACUACACGCAGCAGAGCAUGGCCGAGACGCUGGCUCUGAUGAAGCACACCAACGAGAUGGAGAAGCUCGAGGCCGAGAAUGCAAACUACAAGGACUGCUUCCGCGGCACCAACCUGCGCCGUACCGGCAUCAGCUGCAUGGCCUGGAUCAUCCAGAUCCUAAACGGUCAGUCCAUCGCCGCCUUCGCCACCACCUUCCUGCGGACGGCCGGCAUGCCCGAGGUCCAGGCCUUCAACUUUAGCAUGGGCAUCCAGUCGGUCAACAUCCUGGCGACCGGUAUCGCCAUCGUCCUGAUGGGCAACGUCGGCCGUCGCGACUUUUACCUGUACGGCACCACGGGCAUCGGCGUCAUCAUGCUCAUCAUCGGCAUCCUGGGCGUCCUGCCCGAGGGAUCCGUCAACACGGGCAUCGGCGUCGGUGUGGCCAUGGUACUGGUCAACGCCAUCUUCAAGGUCUCGCUGGGACCGGCGUGCUUCGUCAUCGUCUCGGAGAUUUCGGCCACUCGCGUCCGCGCCCAGACCAUGGUGCUGGGCCGCGCCGUCUACGUCAUUGGCCAGAUCGUCGUCAACCAGAUCAACCCGCGCAUGCUCAACAAGGGCACCGACGCAUGGAACUGGGGUGCCAAGACCGGAUGGUUCUACUUUGGGCUGUGCAGCGUCUGGAUCCUCUGGAUUUUCUUCUUCCUGCCCGAGACCAAGAACCGCACCUUUGCCGACAUUGACUACCUGUUCCAGAAGAAGAUUCCGGCACGCAAAUUUGCCACUGCCAAUGUUAACUUGUUCGAAUUCUCUCACGGCGACAACUCUGCCAAGACUCUUGACGAUGGAGAGGAUGUUGAACAGACGUCGCCUCAGCACGUUUCCAAGUCUUGAAAAGCGGGCUGAAUUACGGACAGCCUGUUGGACUUGUUUUAAAAUCUCAAAUGGAAGCGGUGUUUUUGCGGAGUUUCUUAAUAGCUGCUUUGAAGUAGUGACAAUAAAAUUACGGUUUGUUGCAGUUAACCACCCUUUGAUUGGGUUUGUGCAUGAUUCACUCACGAUGGUUGUAAUUUGAUAAUGUACAGAGUAAAUAUUGCUUUCUGCGGAAGCGGUCACACUAUUUUUAGUGUAAAAACUUCCCCUAUGCAUGGCUUAGGUGCUACCAUGCCGUUGUUGCAUAUUGUAUCGGAUGUCAAAAAGUAAAAUGUCAUCCGUUGAGAGAUCGACGUGGGGGAGCCAUGCCGCUAUCCGCAAACCCACUCACUAUUCUAGAACAUCCCCUGAGUCUAGAACUAUAGUAGUACAGUGUGUACAGGGCUAGAACCCGAACCCUCACUCUAAAAUUCUCACCAGUCCAUUUCUUCCAGAGUCCUGCUACAAAAAGAAAAGAAGAAAU